CCUGGCAGGUCCCAGAAACCAGGAGAGCAUCUCAAUCCACAGGCCACUGGACCAAAGAAGCUGGAGAGUCAUGGACAGUCAUCAGGACUUUAAGAGCCUUAAAGCUAAGUUUCAGGGCCUGCAGGCUGGGUUUGGUGAGCUACCCAAGAAGCCACCACUGCCCAAGAGCUCUCAGCUGCCAGGCUUGGGUCGAGCCAAUACCAUUUCUGAGAGUUCCUCUCCUUCUGGGGCUCCUGCUGCGAACCAGAGGGGACCUUCAUGGCAAGGACAAGGGGCCCCACCUAGCCCUUGGCUCCCAAACCUAGGGAGAGGCUUUCAAGCCAAACCCAGGACCAGGGAGGCUCCCAGAGACCAGCAGCCACCAUGGAGAGCUGCAGGGAAUGCUGGAGAGAAGGCAUCUUCACCUCCAAGCCUCAUCCCCUUGGGCUCCCCAAGGACUCCUAGGAAGGAGCAGAGUCUGAGUGUCCCCCGCAGGAGACCUCUGCCAGCUCUUAAGACUCUUGGUCUCCAGCCUUCCAAGCCCCCCCUUCCACCAGGAAACUUGCACUUAGAACGUUUCAGGAGAAAGGAGGCCACCCACAGAAGGGCUACAGGCAAGAAAACCAUCUUGGGUGGGGGGACCCAAGUGACAGCACUUCAGAAGCCAGGAUCCUUCUCCAGUGGCAACUGCCUGAGCCCUCCAGUUCCUCCUAUCCCACAGGAUCCAGAUGAGAUCUAUGACGAUGUGGAGCCAACUCCCUGCCCACCAGGCCCCAAGAGGAGAGAUGACCUACUGGUUGCAGAAAGAACUCUCAAAGAUUUCCAACAACCUGGCCUGCCACUGUGGAACAGCUGGAAAGCCUCUGAAGAGGGUAAGCCAGAGAAAAUCCAACCCCUGAUGCCUACAAAGCCCCUGAAGCAGUACAAGAAGGAGGAGAAAGCAGAAAGGGAAUUCAGGAAGAAAUUUAAGUUUGAAGGGGACAUCAUGACUUUAACAAGGAUGAUGAUUGAUCCCAACGCCAACACCCGUCGUGGGGGUGGUAGAAACUUGGCUAUUAGACGUGGGGAGAUCCUGGAUGUGAUCCAGUUCACCAGCAGAGAACAGAUUCUAUGCCGGGAUGUCAGUGGAAAAUAUGGCUUCGUCCCUCGAACAGCUCUACUCCCCCUGGAGACUGAGGUAUAUGAUGACGUGCGUUUCUAAGGGAAAUUUAGGAUGAGAAGCAACUGGAACCACUGACCUACCUGAAGGGCUACAGAGCACCCAUCUUCCUUUGCAGAGCAUCCUUGGACCAGGCAAUCUCCUCCUCCGUGGUGGGUCCAGAGAAAACUACAAGUUUCUCCAUAUAUGUAACCCAUUGGCUUGUAUAGUUCUCAUGCAUGAGCACUGACUGUAUUAAAUCACCACCUCA